GUCUCAUCUUUUUGGUCUCAUAUCGUCUUCUAUUCUCUCCUCUAGGUUCUAAAAGGAUCUUGUCAACGAUAUGCAUCUGAUAUCCUUGCUUUUUGUAAUACUCCUAUCACAUCUAGUGUGUGCCGGUUCACAAACAUGCUACUUCCCGAAUAAAGUCGUCGUUCCCGGUCAUCGACCAUGCAACGAAUCCGCAAACCAAUCCCAUUGCUGUGGUCCCAACGAUUUCUGUCUCGAUAACGGCCUCUGCUAUGAUACCGCCGGAACCAUCUCGCAGCAGACUUGCACAGAUCCAAAUUGGGACGCAUCAGACUGCUUCCAACUAUGCAAAGAAGCACGCUCAGGCCUUCCAAUAAUGCCCACCGGCCUCUUCAUCGACCUCGCUCAAGGUAUCCGUACCUUCUGUUGCGAUAUUGACACAUACAACUCAGCGAACGACACGUGCCUCUACGGCGGAACACCAACCAUGCCCUUUGGACUCCCAUUUGGCAAAGUCAUAACGGAUCGCAGCACCGGUUCCAUCGAGAUUUUCAAUUCAACACACAGGCAGGACCCCACGACAGCCAACUCAACCAAGUCAGCCACCACUCAGACCGUCACAAUCACCGCAUCUGGAAACAGCAACGGCACCGCUAGCACCCAAAAUGAUGCCAGCAAGUUAGCCGCCGUCGGCGCGGGCGUCGGCGCCCCGCUCGCUCUCGCCUUGCUGGGCGUAUCGUACCUCCUCUACCGUGAGAAGCAGAAGACGGCGAAUAGAUACCCGGUUGGGUAUAUCAGCUCUUCGAAGGAGGAUCAGCGGGCUUGGGUCGCGCAGGUGCAGCAGCAGGGGUAUACGCAGACGCGGACGCAAGAUCAGAAUCAGUACGCGUAUACAACUGAGACUCCGGAGAGCUAUAAUGCGCCGCAUCAUGCUCAUCCUCAGUCGAUAAGGCCGCCGACAGAGUUGGAUGCGACAAGGGUGGGGGAGCUAGAUGCGAGGCAUAGCCGGUGGGUUAAUGGGUAGCGCAGCCGCCGAAGACGCCGGAGAAAUGAGGCUGCUGCUGUUUCUGAUAGCACAGUACUUGACCAAAAGAAUGUCGGAUGGUGACGCUCUGGCAAGGUAUGGAGUGGAGCAUAGAGUUUUCUUCGAAAAUUAAAGAGCAUUGAGCAUGUUUUGUAUAUACCUUUGGAGCAUACUUAGUCCUGUCGCCUAAUUUCUUUCUGAUCUGCAGAGCAAUAGGAACUAUGUGGCCACUGAAUUUCGAAAUCCACUAGAAG